AUGACACGGGAGCCAUCAGUCAAGGCCGUAUCGCUGGAUCGUCUCGAACAGGUGUAUGGCGCCAAAUACAUUGUGCGAGCAAUUGCAAAGUACAUCGUACGUCUCAAUCACCCGGAUGCUUCCCGUGCAGAAGUUGUUCGUCUCACCACUACUCUUCGUUUACUGUUCCGUAAACUGCCAGUUUACCACAAGGCUAAAUUUUGGGAGAGCGACUUUCUCCUCUAUCGGCAGGCAUCAGAUGAGUACGACGCCAUUUACGCAACCCCGGGUGGACGACUGAAUAAGCGCGGCCAGCAAGUUGCUGGCCGUUUUGACACGGCUAUUGUAAAUCUGGGUACAGGAAGUGCUAUUGGCGUUGAGGGCUAUCGGGUCUGCCGUGUUCGGGCAAUAUUCACCAUUCCUAUACGCUAUCGAAGAAUCCUACUUCCCUUUGUAGACCCUCCAGAAUAUCUCGCAUAUGUGGAGUGGUUCUCCAACUUCACGCAGCCAGAUCCCCAGCAUGGCAUGUACAAGGUGACGCCUAUGACCAACGCUGAUGGAACGCGGACUGGUGCUGUUAUUGCAGUGGAGAGCAUCCGCCGAAGUGUGCAUUUGUAUCCAUGCUUCGGAGCUGUUGCGCCGCGUGAGUGGUCGAGCAGCAACGUGCUUGAUGUAUGCGAGAAGUUUUGGGUUAGUCCCUUCACCGACAGACAUGUUUAUGAAACAGUAAUAUAAUGUCAAACGUUAUAAUUGGUCAAUUUUGGGGGGGGGGGAGCUCUAUGUUUACACUACAACGCAGCAUCAGGAGGAGCUAUCGGUACAAGAGCAAUCCGCAAAAAAUUUUCUGAUGGCAUAGGCAGCAACCCAAGCCCAACUCGCCUCAAAUACUCUACACGCGCUGCUUCUUGAAUCUCGUAUUCUGUCUUUCCGAUGCGCUCUAAAGCCAGCUUGAGCUCCCGGUACACCUGUCGAGUACCGGGAUACAUCUUGGAUGGGUGGACAUGCAGUACGAGAGGCCGAUUGAUGUGAAAGGGCGGUGAGUCAAGCUGCCGACUGCCCUCGAGUGCUUGGGUGCCUGAGCUUGAAACAUUUCCUAGG